AUGGUGCAAAAGACAACAGAAGAAUAUGCCAAUCACGGCAUGCCCCUGAAAUGCGACAUCUACACGGAUGACACCUAUCCGAAAGACGCUCCCGUCUUUCUCUACUUUCAUCCCGGAGGGCUGGUUGGCGGCAACCGUGAUCUCGUUGCGCCAUGGUUGGUUCAGACGUGCAUCCAACGCAAAUGGCCUCUAAUCUGCCCGACAUACCGUCUUCUGCCACAGGCCGGUGGAGAGGGUCUCCUUCAAGAUGCCUCAGCGGCCUAUGAAUUCGCACGAGACUGGAACCCUCUACCUGGUUCCCAAAGACGUGUCAUUGUUGGAGGUGCCAGCGGUGGCUUCUUCAUGGCCGCCAUCAUCGCCCACCAAUGCGAGCCUAAGCCUCUCGCCCUCCUCUCCAUCCAAGGCAUCAAUACCUUCCACCAUCGCUUCUUCAACUCAUCCGUCUUACUCACCGAAGAAGAGAUCCCCCCCUCCACAAUGGAGAAGUUCAUCACGGGCCCAAUGGAAAGCGGCGACGACAUGCCUCGUGACGAAUCUGCUUUUGUCCUUGACAAACUAACUGCCGACGGUGCAAAGAACCCUGAUUAUAGCCCUCCUAAGUCCGGACCAAAUGAUUGUGAUAGUCAACGCGGCAUGCUCUAUGAUUUUUACACGUUUAACAACUCCUUUGUCGAUCUGGUUGGAUCUGUAGACCCUGGAUACCAGUGGGCGAAACGUCCUGAUGCCAAAGACCGAGUCGCGCAGUGGCCCAAGACGGUCAUCUUCCAUGGCAACAACGAUCCUGACGUGGAGCUCAACGUGAGCGAAGAUAUGCGCGAUUGCUUGGGCGAGGACAAAGUCACGCUGAUCAUUGCCGACGGGCAGCCUCAUUUGUAUGAGUUGGAAAAAUUCAUCGAGGACGAUGGUCCCGGAAUGGACGCUGUGAGACAGUCUGUAGCACGGCUGGAUGAGAUUGUGGCAUCAUCAUGA